AUGCGUAAGAUCGUAGUGGGAGCUGGUGGUCAGGAGACCGUGUCAACUUUACCGUCCCUGGUACCCCUCAGUGGCCUCGCUCUGUUGCAGCUCAUCUCCUCAGUUCUACUCAACAUUGCAUACGUGGCUCUUUGUCUGCGUAACCCCGUGGAGACUAUUCAUGCUGCAGAGCAGGUGCUGCAUACCGGUCCGCCCCCACCGUUCUGCAACCUACGCAACUCUGAUUCUGUCUCGGAGCCAGCUACGAUUGGUGGAACAGAAGGUGCCAAGGAGAAGGGCGCGUCGGCGAUGGCGGUGGCCCCAGAGAACACAACAUGUCUACCAGCUGUCUUUGGAUGGAUUGGACUCAUUGCGCCGCCCGCCCAUCGCUACCUGGCCAAAAUGUAUCUAGCGGAGGCUUACGCAUGCCUGGACGAUCUGCCCAACGCCUGCGGAAUUCUCCUCACUGAAGAUCUCGUGGGCACGGGUGACGGUCUGUCCCUCCUCACUUUGCACUCUAUCGACUCCUACCGGCAGCUUAAACGGGGCCGUGCCUCCCUGGCCCCACCUUUCCUUCUACCACAGACACAUCAUCAGUGUGGUCUAAAAACACACAUGGAUACAUUUUCUGAGCACCAGAAGUCCUCCGUUGACCUCAAGAGUGAACAAGAGAGACCAGUUUCGGCCUCGGCAGUCUCAGUUACCAGUCAUUCAGAAGUUCGGCACCCGGAUUUCCCCGUUACUGUCGAACAGGUAUCCCUCAGUCUGCCCCUCCCCUUUCAUUUCCUUUCUUGA